CUCCCCUUCCUCACAAACCUCAGAAAACUAUUACCUCUUCCCCGCCCUCCUUCCCCUAAAGCCAGGGAUCCGCUAGCAGAUCUCUGGGCUUUCGGCCCCUCCCAGAAGAUCUCCCUUGCCCAGAUUCGGCCCUUGCACUCGGUCGUAUUUUGGUCCUUUCCAGCCACAAACUCCCGAGGACGGUUUUCAGACUCCCCUAAACCCUUCCUUUUGACUAACCAGCCCAACACCAAUACCUUAGGUGGUUUCCAGGCUCCCCUACCUCAACCCUCCCUCUUGGGCCCAGAGUUCGAGGGCAUCCUCCAUUUUCCCCUCUUCCCCCGAGCCUAUCAGAGCCCUGCCCGACGUCUGGGGUGUUUGUGACGUUUCUCCGACAGACCUCGACCCUCCCCCACCGGUUGCUAAGACAGACGAACCCCCGCGCUUGGUUGUCAAGCAAACUAGAGGCGCAAACAAAGGGGUCCCUCCCCGCCCCACCCCCAUCUGCGCCACCCUUCCCUCUAAGGUCCUGCUGCUCUCCUUCCGCCUUGGGUGCGAGGCGCCUGUCUCUCCCCUCCCCCCCACCCCGCCCGUGGCUUGGCGCCCGUGCCGCCAGGAGCGAGACUGAGCCCGUCUGGGAGCAAGCCUCAGGUCAAGUAACCAUGCCUCAGACAGACAAGCAAAUAUGCAUCCCUCCGGAGCUUCCAGAAUUGCUGAAGCAGUUUACCAAAGCUGCCAUCCGGACCCAGCCUACGGAUCUGAUCCAAUGGGCUGCUGACUAUUUUGGAGCCAUGUCCCGAGGAGAGAUUCCUCCAGUGAGAGAGCGAUCUGAGCGAAUCCCACUGUCUAACUGGGCUGAACUCACACCUGAACUGCUAAAGAUCCUUCAUUCUCGGGUGGCCGGAAGGCUGAUUAUACAUGCUGAUGAACUGGCCCAGAUGUGGAAGGUGCUGAGUCUCCCAACAGAUCUAUUUAACAGUGUGAUGAAUGUCGGACGCUUCACUGAAGAGAUUGAAUGGCUCAAGUUUUUAGCUCUGGCUUGCAGUUCUCUUGGAGUUACCAUAGCCAAAACCCUCAAGAUUGUAUGUGAAGUUUUAUCAUCUGAACAUGAUGGCGGACCUCCCCGAAUCCCUUUUAGCACUUUUCAGUUUCUUUACACAUAUAUUGCUGAAGUGGAUGGGGAGAUUUCAGCAUCCCAUGUCAGUCGAAUGCUGAACUACAUUGAACAGGAAGUAAUUGGUCCCGAUGGUUUAAUCAAGGUGAAUGACUUUACCCAAAAUCCCAGGGUACGGCUGGAAUAAAAAUGCAACUCCAGCAAUUUUAAAGGAAGGAAGAUACAGAGAUAAUUGUGCUUCAUAAUGACUGCACCCCAUACAACAUCCAAUGUCAAUUUUCUUGUACAACUGGUACACUAAUAAACAAUUAGGCAAACAUGCUAGCUUACAAA